GGCGGCGCGGGGGCAGUGUCCACGGACGUCCAGCGCGGCCCCAGCCUGGGCUAGAGUCCAGCGUCCUCGGCCCCGCGGCAAGGGCAGAGCCGUCGGGGCUCCGGUAGGUGGCGCCAAAGAGAAGGCCCCGCCCCACACCAGGCCCCGCCCCGUGUCUCAGGCCACGCCCCAGAGAGGGACCGCCCCCCCGACCGGUAGUCCCGCCCAGAGCCCGCCCCCGGCCCGUGGCCCCGCCCCGCUGACCCGCCACAGCGCCGCGCUAGGAAGUGACCUAAGCGGCGGCCGCACCGGCGGCUCCUCGUGGAUGCGGGGCGCGCACCAUGUCCACCGGGCGGGCUGUGGGCACGCGGGCGCGGCGCCGGCGCAGCAGGCGUGGCAGUUAGGCCCACCCCAGGACAGGUGUGCGGGCGAUGGGGGAGCAGGGGCGAGAGGAGUACAAGAUCCAGUCUUUCGACGCGCAGACUCAGCAGCUGCUGAAGACGGCCCUCAAAGACCCGGCUGCCGUGGACCUGGAGAAAGUGGCCGGCGUGGUGGUGGACCAGUCUCUGCGCGACAGUGUGUUUAGCAGGGAGGCGGGCCGCCUGUGCAACGCCAUCAUCCAGGCCGAGGGCAAGCAGACGGGCCAGAACGUCUUCCGGCGGGGCCUCCUCGACCGGCUGCAGCGCGAGUUCCAGGCCCGGGAGCAGCUGCGCGCGCGCUCCCCGCAGGCCUGGGUCUGCUACGUCACCUUCAUCUGCAACAUCUUCGACUACCUGAGGGUCAGCAACAUGCCCAUGAUGGCCCUGGUGAACCCCAUCUACGACUGCCUCUUCCGGCUGGCCCAGCCCGACAGUCUGAGGGUGGAGGAGGAGGUGGACUGCCUGGUGCUGCAGCUGCACCGGGUGGGGGAGCAGCUGGAGAAGGUGAACGGGCAGCGCAUGGACGAGCUCUUCAUGCUGCUCCGCGACGGCUUCCUGCUGCCCGCCGGCCUCAGCUCCCUGGCGCAGCUGCUGCUGCUGGAGAUCAUCGAGUUCCGGGCGGCCGGCUGGAGGACCACCCCCGCCGCCCACCGCUACUACUACAGCGAGGUCUCCGACGAGGCCAGCUAGGCCGCCCUCUGUGCCCCCCUGCGGGGCCGAGCACGCGCAGGUCACAGACGCCGCUUGGGACACACGGGGCCUGGGAGCAGCCCAGCUGCAGGUUUAAUGGUGGCGGGCACCUCGCGGGAGCGGGAGAUUUUCUAAUAAACCUUUGCUAACA